AUGGGGAAGAGAGUGGCCAUCAUUGGAGCUGGUGUCAGUGGGUUGGCCUCCAUCAGGUGCUGCUUGGAAGAGGGGCUGGAGCCUACCUGCUUUGAGAGAAGCAACGACAUCGGGGGGCUGUGGAAAUUCUCGGACCAUGCGGAGGAGGGCAGGGCUAGCAUUUACCAAUCAGUCUUUACCAACUCUUCCAAAGAGAUGAUGUGUUUUCCAGACUUCCCAUAUCCUGAUGACUUCCCCAACUUUAUGCACAACAGCAAGAUCCAGGAAUAUAUCACUGCAUUUGCCAAAGAAAAGAACCUCCUGAAAUACAUACAAUUUAAGACAUUUGUAUCCAGUGUAAAUAAACGUCCUGAUUUCUCAGUCACUGGCCAAUGGGAUGUUAUCACUGAAAAGGAUGGUAAAAAAGAAUCAGCUGUCUUUGAUGCUGUAAUGAUUUGUUCUGGACAUCAUGUGUACCCCAAUCUACCAAAAGAGUCCUUUCCAGGACUAAAACGUUUCAAAGGCAAAUGCUUCCACAGCAGGGAUUAUAAGGAACCAGAGGUAUUCAAGGGAAAGCGGGUCCUGGUGAUUGGCCUGGGGAAUUCGGGCUGUGAUAUUGCUGCAGAAAUCAGCCGAACAGCUGAAAAGGUCAUAAUCAGCUCCAGAAGUGGCUCCUGGGUGAUGAGCCGGGUCUGGGAUGACGGCUACCCUUGGGACAUGCUAUUCAUCACCCGAUUUGAAACCUUCCUCAGGAACCAUUUACCAACCACCAUCUCUGACUGGUGGUACGUGAAGCAGAUGAAUGCAAAGUUCAAGCACGAGAACUAUGGCUUGAUGCCUCAAAAUGGAACCCUGAGGAAAGAGCCUGUGUUUAAUGAUGAGCUCCCAGCUCGCAUUCUAUGUGGCGCUGUGACCAUUAAGCCCAAUGUGAAAGAGUUCACGGAGACCUCAGCCAUUUUUGAGGAUGGGACUGUGUUUGAGGCUAUUGACUCUGUCAUCUUUGCAACAGGCUAUAGUUUUGCCUACCCCUUCCUCGAUGACUCCAUCAUCAAAGGCAGAAACAAUGAGGUCACCUUGUUUAAAGGCAUCUUCCCUCCUCUACUGGGGAAGUCAACCUUGGCAGUGAUUGGCUUUGUCCAGUCCCUUGGAGCUGCCAUCCCCACAACUGAUCUCCAGGCCCGCUGGGCAGCAAAAGUAAUAAAAGGAACUUGUACUUUGCCUUCUGAGAAAGAUAUGCUGAGUGAUAUUGAUGAGGAAAUAGAGGAAAAGAUCAAACAGUUUGGCAAAAGCGACACCAUAUGUACGGAUUACGUCAAUUAUAUGGAUGAACUCGCUUCCUACAUUGGAGCAAAGCCCAGCAUCCCAUGGCUUUUUCUCACAGAUCCCAGGUUGGCCGUGGAAGUUUUCUUUGGCCCUUGUAGCCCCUACCAGUUUAGGCUGGUGGGCCCAGGGAAGUGGCCAGGAGCCAGAAAUGCCAUCCUGACCCAGUGGGACCGGUCGUUGAAACCCAUGCAGACACGAGUUUCUGGGGGUCUUCAGAAGCCUUGCUUAUUCUUCCGUUGGCUCAAGCUCCUUGCUAUUCCUAUUCUGUUCAUUGCUGUUCUUGUGUUCAUCUGA